GAGUAUGAAAACUUUACAGCAGCUGCAGCAGUAUCAAGGUGUGUGUGUGUGUGCUACCCUCAGCUCACUAAAUGAAUGGAUCCUGCUCGCAUGUGGGCGAUUUUUCAAGAAUCAUCUAAUUCUGGAUUCAAUGCAUUUAUCACUCGGGAUCAGUGAUGACUUGGCUUCUGAUGUGGGUUCUACUAUUUGCUUGUGUACCACAGAUUCACAGAGCAUUUGCCCAGGAUUCCUCUAAGAUGCUGUCCUUACCAGAGCCCAUCACCCCGGAGCCCUAUAAUCGCACCCAGUACUGCCACUGGCCCUGCAAAUGUCCUAAAACUCCCCCCACCUGUCCACCAGGUGUGAGCUUGAUCAUGGACGGCUGCGAUUGCUGCAGAGCAUGUGCCAAACAGGUGGGGGAGGUUUGCAACGAGAAGGAAAACUGUGACCAUCAUCGUGGCCUUUACUGUGAUUACAGCGCGGACAAGCCUAGGUACGAAAAAGGAGUAUGUGCAUAUCUGCAGGGCACUGGCUGUGAGCACAAAGGUGUGAUCUAUCGCAAUGGCCAGAGCUUCCAGCCCAAUUGCAAAUACCAGUGUUUGUGUGUGAAUGGGGCGAUCGGAUGUGUCUCGCUGUGUAAUGAGUCUCAGCCCCCCAGGGUUUGGUGCCAGAACCCACAGCGAGUUAAAAUCCCCGGCCGCUGCUGUGAGCAGUGGAUCUGUGAUGAGUCCAGGAGGGGGCGCAAGACAGCACCAAGACACACAAUGGCUGCCCUGUCUAGUGUAAAAGACAACUGGCACAAGAACUGUGUGACCCAGACAACCUCCUGGAGUCCCUGCUCAAAGACCUGCGGCCGUGGAGUGUCUUUACGCAUUACUAACAACAACAAGCAGUGUCAGAUGGUCAAAGAGAGCAGACUCUGCAACAUCCGGCCUUGCAAAGUGGACAUCGCAAAGCACAUCAAGCCUGGAAAGAAGUGCUUGAACAUUUACAGGGAGGAAAAGCCACACAACUUCACAAUCUCAGGCUGUACAAGUACAAACAAUUACUGGCCAAAGUAUUGUGGAGUGUGUAUAGAUGAGCGGUGCUGCAUCCCUUACAAAUCUAAGACUGUUGAGGUCGACUUUCAGUGCCCGAACGGAUCCGGCUUCACCUGGCAGAUCAUGUGGAUUAACGCCUGCUUCUGCAACCUGAGCUGUAAAAACCCCAAUGACAUAUUUACAGAUCUAGAGCUGUACCAUGAGAGAGGUGAGGCUGGAAACUGAGUGUAUGAGAUAUUGCAGAAAAGUCAGUAGAAAGAUUCAGGAGAAAGCCAGUUUUUGUUUCCUGACCAAGAGUUAAUAUUUAAUUGACCAUCAUUUUUGGAGGUUUUUUUUAAUUGGAAAAACUGAAAUAAACCAAUAUAUCCUAAUAUAUUUUAUUUUAAGACAAUGUGGCCUAUUGCAGCCAAAUUGUUCAUAUACGUAGAAUUAUUUCAACCAAGAGUAUCCCAGCUUUUGUCAUAUUGUGACAAAUCCUUUUGUACAAAUGAUGUACGUAAGACAAUAUCCUGUUGACUUCUUUUAAUUUAUACAAAUUCUAUGAAAAGAAAUAUAUAUUGCUUUUAUGUACUGAUAAUGUAGUUUUUGUAAUUUCAUGCCUUUUC